ACUCAUCGCAGGCCUGUUGCUGUUUGCAGCCGGAGCCGGCUCGGGUUUCCGAUGCCUUCGCCACCCCAUCACAGCGCCCGGUGCAGCACGGGCCGGGGCGGCCACGGGCACCCAGAGGUCACCGGGAGGGAGAGCCUGCUGAACCAGGGUGCAGUUUUCUAGCAGUGACCCACGGCCUCAGCGGUAAAGGAAGAGUUUACGGACCCUUCAAUGAGCAGGCAAGUUGUUGGGCCCAGGAUAUCCACUGUUAACCGUCCCAGGAGGGACCCACCCAGUGCAGAGGCGCUGCCCAGGGCUUCCCGAGCCACAGCGCAGCAGGAAGCUGGGAGGGGCCGGAGCUGGGCAGGCCCCCGGAGGGCUUCCACUUUUACCCCAUGGAUCUGUACGACUCCGGAGACAGGCUGCAGAUCUUCCCGGAAGACAGCAGUCGGAUGGGAAGAGAAGCUAUCCAAGCUGAGAUGAGCAGUGAGCCAAGAGGGGCGGCAAAGGGUAAGCCUCACAGAGACCUUGAAGAGGAAGUGGAUGAACUUGUCCAUUUAUAUGGACUUGAAGAUGAUGACGAAUUAGGGGACGAGUUUGUUAACGAAAACAUGCCCAGAAUAGAGGUUUCGGAAUAUCCUCCUCACGUGAUGAUGCAGAGAGAACCAGCCGUGCAGCAGAGAGACUGGAGGCUUCGUGGGGAGGCAGCGGAGGCUGACGACCUGGGCUUCGGAGGGUGGGGCUCCGCGGGCCCGUGCGAGGACCUGCGGGAGGCCUACAGGUACACGCACGGCCGUGCCAGCGAGGAGUACGAGUGCUACGUCAUCCCAGAGGAGGAGGACGAAGAGGAGGCUGCUGACGUCUUCUGCGCCACUUGCAAAACUCCCCUGAGAGCACUGGAGAAGGCUCUGGAUGAACACAGAGAGCAUGAGGUGAUCCCGCUCAGUAAAGCCCUGGAAAGCGCCAAGGAUGAAGUUCACAGAAACAUGUACAAGUUAGAAAAGCAGAUUAUCGAGAUGGAGAACUUUGCCAGUCACUUAGAGGAGGUUUUCAUCGCUGUGGAGGAGAAUUUUGGAAGACAAGAACAAAACUUCGAGUCCCAUUACAACGAGAUCUUGGAAACACUUGCUCAAAAGUACGAAGAGAAAAUACGAGCUCUAGGGGAGAGAAAGAAAGAGAAGCUGGAAGCCUUGUAUGAGCAGCUGGUCAGCUGUGGCGAAAACCUGGACACUUGCAAAGAACUGAUGGAGACAGUGGAGGAGAUAUGUCACGAAGAAAAGGUGGACUUCGUCAAGGAUGCCAUGGCUAUGGCCGACAGACUCAGAGAGUUCCUGCAGACAGAAACCGACGCGGACAUCUCCGCGCAGCCCGCCUUGGAAGACCAGACCUUGGACUUCUCGGACGUGGAGCAGCUGCUGGGCUCCAUCAACGCCAUCCCAGCUCCCUCUGCCCCCGUGAUAAACCCGCAGGCCCCCAACUCUGCCACGGGCUCCUCGGUCCGCGUGUGCUGGAGCUUAUACUCCGACGACACUGUGGAGAGCUACCAGCUGUCCUGCCGGCCCGUGCGGGACGGCCCUCCUGGGAAGGGCCAGGCAGAGUUUACAAUGACCGUCAAAGAAACAUACUGCUCAGUGAGAAACCUUGUGCCAAACACCCAGUAUGAAUUUUGGGUCACAGCGCAGAACAGGGCCGGUGUCAGCCCCACCAGUGAGCGCGUGGUGUACAUGACAGCACCUUCUCCCCCCGUCAUAAAGAGCAGAGAGGUGAGGAGCUGCGAGGAGGCCGCACUGAUCUGCUGGGAGUCGGGGAACCUGGACCCCGUGGACUCGUACACGGUGGAGCUGACCCAGGCAGAGGCGCCAGGGGCCUCGGGCGUGACUGAGUCGGUCGUGGGCAUCCCCUCCUGCGAGUCGCUGGUGCAGCUGCAGCCCCGGCAGAGCUACACCAUCUACGUGCGCGCCCUCAACGUGGGGGGCCCCAGCGCGAGGAGCGAGCCCGCCACGGUCCACACCACAGGCAGCUACUUCCGCCUGAACGAGCACUCCUGCCACCCCUGGCUGACCGUGUCCGAAGAUGGGCUGACCGUGGUGCGGAGCGAGAGGCAAGCCCCCGCGCGGGCGCCCCCGCCCAGCACCGCCCGCUUCACCAGGUGUGUGGCCGUCAUGGGGAACCUAGUUCCAGUCCGAGGGCGCCACUACUGGGAGGUGGAGGUGGACGAGCGUUUGGACUACACGGUGGGUGUGGCCUUUGAAGACGUCCCCAAAGAGGAAGACCUGGGAGCCAACGGCCGGUCCUGGUGCAUGCGGCACACGUGGGCGCCACCGAGGCAUAAGUAUGAAUUUCUACACAACAAGAUGACUCCAGAUAUAAGAAUAACAGUUUCCCCAAAGAAGAUUGGCAUUCUGUUAGACUAUGAAAAUUCAAAAUUAUCAUUUUUCAACGUGGACAUUUCUCAGCAUCUGUACACAUUUAGCUGUCAGCUCCACCAAUUCGUGCAUCCCUGUUUUUCUUUGGAAAAGCCUGGGUGUCUAAAGAUACACAAUGGCAUUUCAAUGCCAAAGCACGUCACUUUCUACUAGACCACUCUAUCGCCCAGCUCCGUCUGUCUGUCUUCUGCACCCGCCCCUCAGGCACUCACA